AUGACGCAACACGUAGCCAGUAACAUCGAAAUCCAAAGAAAAUUCCUCCGAUCUGUCGAAGACCUAGGCAUUCGGGAGUCUCUUAUUGUAAGCGUUGCUGGAAAAUAUGAGCGCCAAAUUUUUUAUACUACCGUAUACUGUAAUAUAUAUGGCUCUCGGGAGCCAUUAUACUUGCUAUUUUAGGCGAAGGCUACUCCAAUGCAUCGUCAUCAUCUAUAUGUGGACAUAGAUAGACAUAUGAAAGUAAACGGUAAAACGAAAUUCGGCUAGAUAUGUAAACGGUUUAGGUGGCUUAUCCAAGAAGAUAUUCGCGUAUAUGAAACAGCGGUACCAAUACGAAAAGAAGAAGAUCCCGGGAAAAAGAACAUACGCUCUUUACGAUGAACUUGACAAAUUCUUUGAGCCGUUCGUUAAGAAUUAAAUGUAUAAAUUUGGUUUAGAGACAAUGAAGAAGAAGGUUCAAACAAUCAACAAAUUGUUGAACAGAAUGAACAAGGCGAUCUGUCAUCCAGGCGGGAGAUUUCGAGAAACUUGGAGACGAUUGAACAUAGUGAAGUGAAGGAGAAGACUCUUAGGAUUAUGAUGCAGAGAGUUCUGGAGCUAGGCGAUCCUGCUUUUCAAAAGUUUGUAAAAACUGUGAAAACAUUAAUUUGGAACAACUUCUCGAAACGUAACCAACGUUUUGAAGGCAACGUAAAGUAAGUUUGGUUUUCCACUCCCUAACGAGACUAAUUUAAGUCAUAAUUUAUCGCGUUAUCCAGUCGUCCACCAAGCCGAGAUCAAUCUUGACAGAAUUUUUAAUCAGAUUUCGACUCCGGCAGCUCUUCUUUCUUUUGUUUCUCUUUAUAUGGAUGAACUCGAUGUGAAUGAGAUGGUUGAACUGAACAGAGAUUUUAUCAAGAUCGUCGAAUACAGCAAAAAAAUUGAGAGACGAGACCGUUUCUGUUUCCUACAAUAA